CCGCCGCGGCGGCGGCCGGGCCCGCGAUGCCGAACCAGAAGGGCGGCAAGGGCAAGAAGAACAAGCGCGCCAACAGCAGCGGCGACGAGCAAGAGAACGGGGCGGCGGCAGGCGGCGGCGCCGCGGCGGCGGGAGGCGGCGGGGCCGCGGCGGGCGGCGGAGCCGGAGCGGCGUCGGCGGGCGGUGGCGCGGGCGGCGGAGCGGGCGGCGCGGCGGCCGCGGGCGGCGCGGCGCCCGGCGACGUCAAAAGCGAAGCCCCUUGUGCUACUCCAUUGAUCUGUAGCUUUGGAAGGCCAGUGGACCUUGAGAAGGAUGACUACCAGAAGGUUAUAUGCAACAACGAGCACUGCCCUUACAGCACCUGGAUGCACCUUCAGUGCUUCUAUGAGUGGGAAAGCAGCAUUCUUGUCCAGUUCAAUUGCAUCGGCAGAGCAAGGAGCUGGAAUGAGAAGCAGUGUCGCCAGAACAUGUGGACAAAGAAGGGAUACGACCUCGCUUUUCGCUUCUGCUCCUGUCGGUGCGGGCAGGGUCAUUUGAAGAAGGACACUGACUGGUACCAGGUGAAACGAAUGCAGGAUGACAAGAAGAAGAAAUCAGUGUUAGAGAAGAGUACAGGGAGGUCUAUGGUGGAAUCAGCAGAAGAGGCCAAAAAGGGCAGGCCAGCCAGCAAGCCGCAAAAGGGCUUAAGUCAUGACAUCCAGCGAAGGCAUUCAGUGGACAGACAGAACUCCCAAGAGAAGAGUGUUAUUGGUGGCAGCUAUGCCGUUCGCUCCCCCUGCGUCUCUCCUGGGCAGUCCCCACCAACCGGCUACUCGAUCCUCGCCCCCACCCACUUCAGCGGCCCCCGCUCAUCACGAUACUUAGGAGAGUUUUUAAAGAAUGCCAUCCACCUGGAGCCACACAAGAAGAACAUGGCUGGAGGGGGAAUGUUCAGGAAUGCGCACUUUGAUUAUGGGGCAGCUGGUUUGCAAGCACAUCGGUCGGGACACUUUGAUGCCCCCGUGCAGUUUUUGAGAAGGCUUGACCUAUCCGAGCUUCUCACUCACAUACCCAGGCAUAAAUUGAAUACUUUUCAUGUGCGAAUGGAAGAUGAUGCCCAGGUGGGCCAAGGGGAGGACCUGCGGAAGUUUAUUCUUGCUGCUCUUAGUGCCAGCCACAGGAAUGUUGUGAACUGUGCACUGUGCCACAGGGCAUUGCCAGUGUUUGAACAGUUUCCGCUGGUGGAUGGAACCCUAUUUCUUAGCCCAUCGAGACACGAUGAAAUUGAAUAUGAUGUUCCCUGUCACCUUCAAGGAAGGCUUAUGCAUCUCUAUGCUGUUUGUGUAGACUGCUUAGAAGGGGUUCACAAAAUUAUCUGCAUUAAGUGCAAGUCCCGAUGGGAUGGAAGCUGGCAUCAACUGGGAACUAUGUAUACCUAUGAUAUUCUGGCAGCAUCUCCUUGUUGUCAGGCUCGACUGAACUGUAAGCACUGUGGGAAGCCAGUAAUAGAUGUACGGAUUGGCAUGCAGUAUUUCUCCGAAUACAGCAACGUCCAGCAGUGUCCGCACUGUGGAAACCUAGACUACCACUUCGUGAAGCCAUUUUCUUCAUUUAAAGUUUUGGAGGCUUAUUGACGAAAGCUUUGCUUUAGUAAUAGUUAUUUUAUGGGUAUUUCAACUUUAUUACAUAUCUUUUUAUAGAAUUCAUUCUGUGAUGAAAUUACUUUCUUUUCUAACUGAAAGAGCAGCUUCUUUGUCUGUGUACAUAUGAAUAUGUAUAUAUACAUGUUGUUAAAUCAGAAUCCUCCUGAUGAGAUCUCUGUCAAGGCUGGAGGCAAGCCAAUUUUAAUGGCCUUUGAAUAUAUCCCAGGUGUGGGGAUAAAAUGUUCAGCUAUAAUUAUUUGGUUGUGUUUUUUGUAUUAUUGUAAUACAGUUGAUAGAAGGGUGUGGAGAGUACAGGAUGCAGAAAUAUAUGCUGGUGGCAGGUGGGUAAUUGUGUAGGUUUGUUGUCCCUCUAGCAUGGUGGAAAAGGGAAAUCCUUGGAAAGAAGUUGUCCCAUUAGUGUUAAAUUCAUCAAGUCUCUUGCAUCCCAAUGGGGGCAGGUGCAUACGUAUCCCAGACGUGUGGUCGUUUCUGUGGGCUUUUGUUCAGGUUUCCCAAGGUGGGGGAAGAUUAAGAUACUGUGACAAGUGAAUGUAAAUCUGUGCCAGAAAAGGUAAUCUUGAAUUAUUUUUUGGCAUAGUGUCUUCCUGCCAUGUAUGUUUGGUGUGUGUUACCCACACUGACUGAUCGUAUGGCAAUAGGGCUGCUUCCACCAGUGUUGUAAUGUUACCAGUUGGGUCAUUUGUUUAUACCAAAACAAGCUGAAUAUCUUAAAACGCUUUAUUUAAAGGUAUUUCUUCACAGAUGUUUUAGAACCUCAUGAUAAGUGGAAGGAACAGGCUGAACUGAAUGGGGAUGCUUGUGUGUGUCUGCUGGGGCUGGGGCAUUGCUUCCCACUGCUGACUAGUUUGACUGAUUCGGAAGGAAGACCGCGAAGUGGGAUCUGGGCUAUCAGACCUGUAAGAGCUGAAAGGCACCUAAUAUGACACAUGGCAUUGGUUUUUAAGUCAAUGAAUUGCUGCACCAUUGUCUUUCAAAAGUUCAGAAAGACCAGGAUCUAAAAUCUUGAAGACUUUUUAGAAAGCAGACUUAGUGUAUUUACUUUCUACACACCUCUGUGCUGUAUGUAGUGGUCUGUGCAUUAGGCAGUGAAUUUGUGUUAUAGUGGUUGGCCCUGUAGAAUCUGCAAAUUUUUUCACUCCCCGCUUUUUCCUUCCAUAAAUAAAAGUUUCUAAAUAGGUUCAAUAAAAGUUUUAAUAGGUCACUGAUAUUUUACUUGGUUAUUCAGGCUGGCAGAGAUGCUUGCAAGAACUUUCUUUGUUCACAGUGUAUUUGUGGAAUGGUCCAUCAAGAGGUGUGGGUUUUGAUUCUCCAUGAGAUGGGAUUAUGUUUUGUUUCUUCUGAGGUUUUUCGACUUUCCCCAAAUUACUGUCUUAGUGUAUCUGUAGAAAUCACUAUCUUGAAAAUGACCCUGAUAACUGCACAUCCUCAGAAGAAAAGAAAAAAGUCAGAAAGGGAGAAAGAAAACAAAAAAGUCAGAAGCCAAAAAAGCAUUGCAUGCGCUGGACAGAGAACUAUGCUUUCUGCUAAAUUAAGAAUCAAUUGGCUGAUUGGCAGAGCGCAGAGGGUCGUCUUUGGUGAUGCAGAGUCUGGCUGGAGACCUGUAACCAGUGGUGUUCCUCAGGGGCCGGUGCUGGGUCUGGUCUUGUUCAACAUCUUCAUCAAUGACCUUGAUGAGGGGAUAGUGGCCACCCUCAGCAAGUUUGCUGAUGAUACGAAGUUGGGAGGAUUGGCUGACAUGCCUGAAGGCUGUGCUGCCAUUCAGCCAGACCUGGACAGGCUGGAGAGCUGGGCAGAAAAAAAACGGAUGAGGUUUAACAGAAGCAAGUGUAGAGUCUUGCAUCUGGGGAGGAAUAAUUGCAUGCACCAGUACAGGCUGGGGGAUGAGCUGCUGGAGAGGAGCUCUGCAGAGAGGGACCUGGGUGUCCUGGUGGACGACAGGUUGGCCAUGAGCCAGCAGUGUGCCCUUGUGGCCAAAAAGGCCAAUGGCAUCCUGGGGUGCAUUAAAAAGAGCGUGGCCAGCAGGUCAAAGGAGGUGAUCCUCCCCCUCUACUCUGCCCUGGUAAGGCCUCAUCUGGAGUACUGCGUCCAGUUCUGGGCUCCCCAGUACAAAAAAGACAGGGAUCUCUUGGAAAGAGUCCAGCGGAGGGCCACAAAGAUGGUGAAGGGCCUGGAGCAUCUCUCCUGUGAAGAAAGGCUGAGUGAUCUGGGUCUGUUCAGCCUUGAGAAAAGGAGACUGAGAGGGGACCUGAUCCAGGUUUGUAAAUAUCUAAGGUGUGGGGGGCAGAAUGGUGAGGACGGACUCUUUGCAGUGGUGAGUGGAGACAGGACAAGGGGAAACGGCCGGAAACUGCAGCAUAGGAAGUUCUGCACAAAUGUGCGCAAGAACUUCUUUACAGUGAGGUGACGGAGCACUGGAACAGGCUGCCCAGGGAGGUGGUGGAGUCUCCUCUGGAGAUGUUCAAGACCUGCCUGGAUGCCGACCUGUGCGACCUGCUGUAGGGAACCUGCUUUGGCAGGGGGGUUGGACUCGAUGAUCUCUGGAGGUCCCUUCCAACCCCUACAAUUCUGUGAUUCUGUGAAGAAAAUAAUGUGCACGUAAAACUUGAACUGAAUACCCACGUUUCUUUGUGCAUAAAAAAUGCCAAGUUCACAGUUUUAUCCUGUCUGUCUUCUCUGCAGAAUUAGCUUUUUUUUUGGUAUUAGACACUUCAGAUAGUACUCAAGCUGCACAGAGGGCUUAUGUUGGCAAAGAUCACUUACUCCUAACUUGAGUGGUAAUAUCCUUAGAAGCAAGCCAAAUCAAGCUAAUGAUUUACACAUCUGGAUAGGGCUGGGCUGUCUCAUGCGGUAACACUGGUGAGCCAGAACAGCAAUGUUAGCAGGCUGUGCUGUCUUACAUUGACAGCUCUCCCUUCGCCCUGUCCUCACUUCUUGUCCAUGUGUUUGUAUCUGGAGCACAUCCUUGGGGUUUUGUGCAUUUCUUGUGCACUCCCUAGGAGUGUGUUUUUAAGGUUUUGGGAAAUCCUGUUUCCUUUCCAAGACAAAUUGUGGGGAAAAAAAUCAGAGACUUUUAACACCAUUCUAGUGUGGUUAACACAAACCCCAGUUACAUCUACACCAUUUGCAGUGGUACCAGCACUGUAAUUGUUGCCCACAGGAACAGGAUCUGGCCCAGGCAUACCUGGGCUGAAAGGAGGUGGUGAGCAGAUAAAAUAUUAUUAGCUGUGCGUUACAGACUUCCCUUGUACAGAACAAACAAGUUAUAAUUUGAAUUAACAACUUGGGCUGUUCAGCUUCAAUGGUGUGUUCCCAAAACCUAAUGGAUUUAGGAUGGUUUGGAGUCACCUUAUCUGGCAGUACUGUGAGAACCAGAUUAAAAGUGCAAGUACUGGCUGAUUCCAGCAAUCUAAAAUCACACAGCAAAGACAAAAGUCCUGUAAUGAGAAAAAUUAAAAGAUACACGUGUAAGUGUUGAUCUUGAGUGCUAGUCAUUCAAGCUUUGAGCCUGGGGUAUUAAUCCCCACAUGCACUACAUAGACAGCAAAACAGUAGCAUUCUGUACCCAUUUUUUUCAAACAUUUGGUGAGGAGAGGUGUCACUGUGCAAUGCACGCUGUAGGGCAGAAGUGGGAUCUGGAAAUCUUCUAAAUACUGUCUCAUUUACUUUCUUUAUAGUAGCUUAAUUUAUAAUUUUAUUCUUUAAGUACUUAGAUGCUUCUCCAGACAUGUAUGUAUGACAAUCGAGGUAAGAGUAGAAGCGGAAAAAAGGGAAUUUGGCUAAUUUUUAAAAACACAAGCGUAUGAAAGGUUGUACAGUCUAUUCAAAUCAAAACCAAGAAUGCAGCAGACUGAGAAAGUGGGAAUGGAAAUGCCUGUUUAAAUUCUUAACAUUGAGAAGUUAUGUACAAAUCUAUCAAAGAAGACAAUUUUUUUCUCCGUGAUCUUUUAAUUUUGCUAUUAAGUGAGUCUUUGCUGCCAAUAGUGGAAAUAAAUGCCUGUCUUCUUGCAAAGCAUCUCUCUCAACUGGAGGUUAGCAGCAGACGUAGAACAGCAGAAAUGAUUCUCGGUGGAAACUAGCUGAGCAACAAAGAUUCUCUGAGGUUUUCCUCAAAAGUAAAUUGUACCAGUUUGUAGAGAAUGCUUUCUCUGCUUCUUGCUAAUACAGAAAUCUGAUCAUGGGUUACUGCAAAAUGUCAGUAAGAUUUUGUUUUGCAUCAGAUUCUAAUCAAGCAGUUAGGCCUACCCUUUUGGCUGGGCGUUGCAUAAGCACAAGGGCAAAGCUAACUUCUUUGAGGCUUAAUAGCUACUGAAGGUUGAACUGGCAGCACUUGGUUUGUGAUCUAUCGUGAUGACCAUUGGAAAGAGUCAGUGAGAUUUUAAAUGUAUCAAAAGGAAAAUGAUUUGUCUAGGGAAGGAGCUGCUUGCUUUGCUUGUUUGGCUGAAGUUUAGUCUUCACUACCUUUCAUUUUUCUGAUGCUGUGUGUUCUUUUUAGUCUGGCCUGUGGUCAGAUUAAACUGUGCCUGAAGUAUGUUUUGUAAAUGAGAAUACAGUCCUCUGGAUUUGGAGGUACAUUCUACUCUUCUGAAAUGCACGAUACUCCUUGUGAUAGUAAUAGGAGUUGCAUGUGCAAAUGCUUUUCUUUCCAGUAGUUAACAAUGUUUUCCAUAGGAGAGGCUUGCAUUUAGCUAGACUUAAUAUUUUGGAUGUGUAAAUGAAUUCAUCCAUCAGUAGUACAUUUUAAAGUAAAUUUUGAUAACCGUAACUAACAAAAUGGACGUCUUUUACAUGCUGACACGUAAUUUGACAUCUACCAAGGUGAACAGGCUGAAAUUCUUGUUCUAUCUAAUGCCGCAGUCAUGAAAACUACAGUGUUCUGUAGCCCAUAGACUAUUCUACAGUCUACUUGCAUUAAUGUGUCCAGUAGUGAGCAGUGUAUUCAUAAUGAAUUUAAUUGGGAAAAUAGGGAAUAUUCCUACAAGGGAGGCAUCUAACACAGUUUUGUUUUGUUUUCAUGUACUCUUCAUUUCGCUGUACCAGGUAACUGAGGACACAAAUGUUGUUGUAAGGCCACUGGUGAGAAAACCCCUCAAAAAUACACUUGUCUGUAAAGGUUUCUUGUUGAGACAUUCUUGGAUUGCACUUUUGCAGAUGGAAGAAUAUGUACAUAGCAAAUGAAUGUUGAUGAAAUUAAAAUAAUUGGUUAUGAUAUCAUUUGCGUGUGUUGUUAGAGAAUAUUUUGUUGUGACUUCUCUGUAUUAAAAAAGUAAUAAAUACCAGACAGCUAA